AUGAACCUGAACAAGGCCGCUCGAGUUAUCCUCUUUGGUGCGCCUGGCGUUGGCAAAGGAACCCAGAGCGAGCGCUUGCUCUCUCGUUUCCCUCAACUCAAUCAAAUUAGUACCGGUGAUCUUCUUCGUCGAAAUGUCAAGGAUAGGACACCACUCGGCAUCAAGGUUGAGAGCACCAUGAAGGCCGGUGGUCUUGUGGCCGACGAUUUAAUUCUACGACUUAUUUCCAACGAAUUCAAGACUCGUGGCUGGCUUGCCAAGAAUGGUUCAGAUGUUAUGACCCUUUCAUCCGAAGCAACAGCAAUCGAGCACUCUUUCAACAACAACGCUGGCGUCGAAUCUUUCAUCAACGCUGCACCUUUCCUCGACGGGCACAGACCAUCCGAAGCCUCAAACGACCCCUCAGCUUCGUUCAUCCUUGACGGCUUCCCCAGAACAGCUUCCCAGGCCGGACCUCUCGACAAGCUUAUUCCCAUCAACCUUGUCGUCUCACUCAAGACACCUGUUUCUGUAAUUCUCGAGCGCAUUCUCGGACGUUGGGUCCACGAACCCUCCGGCCGUGUCUACAACACCAGCUUCAAUGCGCCAAAGGUCCAUGGACUCGACGAUGUCACCGGCGAGCCCUUGAUUCAGCGACCCGAUGAUUCCGAAGAAGUCUACCGCGCUCGAUACAAGAAGUUCACCGAAACGAGCGAGCCUGUUCUGAACCACUACGCCCAGAAGGGUGUGCUUGUUGAGAUUGAGGGCAUGAGCAGCGAUGAGAUCAGCCCUAAGCUAUUCGCCGAGUUUGAGAAGCGCUUUGUCUAA